CAAAUACAACCACGUGACCGGAUGUACAUGGAAUGUGCAGCAGGAAAUGCUAACCGCAUUAGCUAACCAUCCAUAUCGAGGUCUCCACUCCCACCGGCACACGAAUUGUCUAAUUCUGGAAUCAUCAUCAGCCAAAAUGAGUGCUGCUCCCAACCACAGACGGACCAAGCCUGGUGGCGUGAAGACAGGCUAUCCAGGCCAAGCUCCCUCCAACGGUGUUACGGGACCCACUUCCCAGAUCCCCGGGCUGUGCCAGGAAGCCACUGAGGGUGCUCCUGAGGCCAGGACCAGCGGAAGGCGUGUGGGAAUAUUCGACUCCGACUCCGACUAUGUCAAACUUGCCAAAGGAGGGGGACAGAAGGGUUUACUGUGGCAUGAGGACAACAAGGAGAAGGCUAGGCCUAAUAAAUCCUACAACUCACCUGAUUGGUUCUCAGCUGAAUCUCAGCGCGGAAGUAAAGCAGCAUCCCCUGAUGAUUGUCAAGGAUACGGCAAAAGGCAACCUCUAGCUGCUCCCUUCGGUACUGAUGAUAUUUCAGCCUGGGAAAGGGAGAGUGAUAGCUAUACAGAGAAGAACCCCACCGUCACUGAUGCGUCCAGCCAAAUGGAGAACAUGUCUCUAAACCAAGGUGGUUAUAUGGAGAUCAACAAAUACAAGAAGACUCAAAGUGAUUUUACUAUGGACAGGUCCCAUGAGAAGAAAACUAUUCCUGUGAGCAUGUCCAAGCUGCUGAGCUUUGGCUACAUAGAGGAUGAGAAGAAGUCCACCAAUGAGGAUGACUCCUCAAGUGUGACCUCUGAACAGACGAGCACCAUCGCACCUGAGGAUGAAGACCUGGAAUAGGGAGGAGAACAGAAGAGGUCCAUCUGGGGUAGAAAACAACAGGGGAUACACACACUCACAACUGCCAUUCACUCUACUGUCUGCCCCCCCCCCCCCCCCCACUCUCUCUCUCUCUCUCUCUCUCUCUCUCUGAGUGACACACUUUCUCUCAUUACUGUACAUCCCGACUGUCAUAUUUUGUAAUUAUGCAACGGUACCAUCUUUGUUAAUUUAUUAAUUUUAUUGUCUUUUGUUUUAUACUCCGUGUAAUGUUGUUCUCAGAACACCGACGCAGCUUAUUAACGCUUGUCAUGUUUAUAUUAUCAUUGUUGAAUUGGAGGAUGAAUUGUGUGACUAUGAAACAGUACUGUACACUGGAGUUUCUAUUUGUGGUGUAAAAAUGGUUUUGGUGCUGUGAAGAUUGUUUGUGAACAAGGCCUACUGUACGUGCACACAAAGGAGACGUUUGUGGCUCACGCUUUUCAGCUCUCGUUGUUGAAUAGGAUCGGAAACCGAGAGCUCUGCCAAAAAACAUGUAAACAUGGGUGCUAAGGGAUUCACUUGUUAUGGGAAGGCAGACAUGAUUUGCAAUGGAAGACAGAAAUGCCAAUGAAUCUACUUUAUUCUAAAGAGAUGCCCUCCCAGCCAAGAUACCAACCUAUCUCAUACCAGGAUAUGGUUCAGUGUUAUGAAGUUAUGGUGGGCAUUGAUUCCAUAGAUAGAUAGAAACCUUUUGUGAUGUUCAAACAACGGUGUCAAUUCAUUCUACAUAUUUAGGGAAUAGUGGCAAUUGUAUCGUGCAAUGAUAUUGUUUACUCUGAAGUGAAACGGGUUUGCUUUGACGUGAAGGUCGGGCUGGGCGAUAUGGCCAAAUUAUAUCACUAUAGUUUACAACGGUAUGGUGGUAUUUGACGGUAUUUUAUGUUCCUGAAUAAUACAAGAUCCAAAUAUGUUUUAUGAUUAGUGGAUGAGCCUAGAAUGGCAGCAAAUGAAUUCUAAGUUAUUUUAACAGGCUUUCUCCAUGCUGACGGUUUUAUUCUCAACUAAACUAGGACAAAAGUGACAGUGAAGUAGUCCAAUUUGUUGAACUUUUCAGUUAUUUAGCACUUAAUAAAAACUUUUUUUUAUCGACAACAUGUGGAUCCAUACCGAUAUACCAGUAUUCAUGCUAUAUCGCCCAGCCCUAUGUGAAGCUACAUGUAGCUUGAAGACAUUUUCCACUUAGCACAGAAAAUACACAGUAAUGAUCUUCCCUGGUUAUUCAUUGGUGGAGAGGUCCGCUUUAACACAGCCAAUGUGGGAUUCUCACAUCUUUCUUUAAAGUGAUGAGUGCACCGAGGCUAUUGAGUGAAAAUGUCAUUAAAAUAAAUGAGCAUGUGCAUGUA